GUGACGCAAAGACGUGGACAGGAACCGCGCUUUGUGGGGCCGUGCUGCAGAGGUUGUAAUGUCUGGAUACCGUCAGGAGUAACGAUGCCCGCGCAGAGCCUGCCGGUCCGGGACGGGCCCGUCCAUCUCCGUCUGCUCCAGCAGUAUUUGAUCCUCCUGAAAAAAUACCCGAUCCUCACCAAAUCUGUAACCAGUGGGAUCCUGUCCGCUUUAGGAAAUCUCCUGUCACAGUACUUAGAAGGCAGAAAAAAGGCCAAGAGUGGAGGUCCAGUCGAUGAGAUCGAUGUUGCUGGAGCCACACGAUAUGCCAUCUUUGGGUUGAUUAUCACUGGGCCAGUGAGCCAUACCUUUUACCAGCUGAUGGAGGUGUGGAUGCCAACCACUGACCCGCUCUGCAUCGUCAAACGAUUACUGCUGGACCGACUCAUCUUUGCUCCUGGCUUCCUGCUCCUUUUCUACCUUGUUAUGAACGUCCUGGAGGCUAAAGGCUGGGACGAUUUCCAGAAGAAGAUGAGAAAAAGUUACUGGACUGCUCUGAAGAUGAACUGGAAAGUCUGGACUCCUUUCACAUUUAUCAACAUAAACUUUGUGCCUGUUCAGUUUCGAGUGCUCUUUGCCAACAUGAUUGCCUUGUUCUGGUACGCCUACCUCGCCACUGUGAGGAAAUGAUGCUUCUUCGACGACUAACAAGAUGCAACCAACUUCCUUAGAUGGCUGAAGAUUCUUCACAUGAAUUUUGCACUGCUGAUCACUGCGAUACCACUUUAAAACGCUAGAAUUAAAAGAAUAAGAGUAUUUUUUACGCUUUGUUUUGCAGGGACCUGUAUAAAAGAAAUCUUGAAAGUUUAAAAUUCUGACUUUUUUUUUUUUACAUAAGCUGAUAUAAUGAGGGUUUUUUUUUGUUACCUUUAAUGAGCUUUACCUACUGAUCUAAACAAAUAGAAAAAUAAAAUACAAAAGAGACA